AUGGAGAAACUCUUACAAUGGUCUAUUGCCCAACAAUCAGGCGACAGAGAAGCUAUGGAAAGAAUAGGUCAACCAGACCCAGAAACAUUAGGUAAAUUAUUUGGAACAGGACCUGAUGAACCAACAUUAAUGAAACAAUCAAUAGAAGUAGUUGAACAUCCAGAAGCUACUUCAGAAAAUAAACAAAUUGCUCUUGAAAACUUUGAAAUGUUGAUUGAGAAUUUGGAUAAUGCUAAUAAUAUUGAAAAUUUGAAAUUAUGGCCAAGUAUAAUUAAAUUAUUAAAUGAUGAUGUUGAUGAUAGUGAUUUGAAAGUGUUGGCUUGUAGUAUCAUUGGAAUUGCGGUACAGAAUAAUCCUAUAUCUCAAGAAAAUUUCAAUAGUCAUGAGACUGGAUUAGAAAAGUUGAUUAAAAUUGCUAAUAAUAAUUCAAAUAAAUCACUUCAAUUAAAAGCUAUAUUUGCAAUUGCAUCAUUUAUAAGAAAUUUCAAACCUGGUUAUACUAGAUUCGAACAAUUGAAUGGUUGGGAGAUUAUUAAUAAUAAUAUGAGUUCUAAUGAUAAUAAACUAUUAGUUAGAGUGUUAUCAUUAAUCUCAGCAAUCUUAAGUAAUGAAUUCAAUCAAGAAUUAUUACAACAACAAAACUUAAUUCAUUUAUUAUGUUCAAUAUUACAAGAUAAAGAUGCAAAUUCUAAUAUCAUUGAUAAAUCACUUUCAAUCAUUGCUGAUUUACAUCGUAACAAUUAUCAAUUUUCUACUGGAGAGAAAUCAAGUAUCGCCGAAGGUAUAAAACAAGUUGAACACUUGGGUGAUCAAUUAAAUGAAGACAACAUAGCCGAUGCCAAAAAGGCACUUGCUUAA